GGCUUUCUGUUUUGAUUCUUCAUAUUUAUUGCUAUUUUACUCGUGUCGUAUUUUUCUUUAGAGAUGCCAUGUUGCUGAUUUGGUUGAUUUGUGAAGAUGAACAAUUGCUUGGCUGACAAAUGGUUUCAAGGAUAACAUAUUCCAGAAGACCAUUAACAUAAAAAGGAUUUUCCUAAUUUCAUGGACGUAUUGCAGAAACUAUAAAGAAAUCCGAUCCAUUGGAGGCGCAGUGUGUGUGCUGUAUUUAUUUGUAAACAAAAACAAAGAAAAGGGCAAAAAGAUGAGUAACACCAUUCCAAGCUCUCCUCUAAAUCCUAGUCAAAAACGACGUAUUGUUAAGGCACAAGAAUUUGAAGUAAUAUGUGAUUUUAUUGACCGAUAUAAAGGAUUAGCUAUUGACUGUGAAAUUGAGUUAUUGCAACAAUUUCCACAAUUUGAAAAACUAACAUUGAAAAGCAUUUUAGAAACAAUAUUUACAAAUCGUAUGCGUAAUCAAUAUUGGCGUUAUGAUGCCAAUGCAAAAACAUAUUUAAAAAUGUAUGAAGAACGUUGUCAAUCAUCAUAUCCAAUGGAUCGAAGUAUAUUACUGAACAUUGCCCGAGAAUGUGAUAUGGGACCUGUUAUGAUGUGUCGUUCUCUGUUAAAGGUUAAAUAUAAAAUUACAAAUAAAGUCGAGUUGACCCAGCUAAUACGUUCACCACAUCUAAUCGAUGAUCCAAUGCUAUCCGCAAAUGUUGCUCAGUGUAUUUGUAGUGAUUCCACAGAUGGGCCUCUAAUUGAUUUAAAACGUCGAGUUCUUGGAGAGGAAUAUGAAUUUCGGUUAAAACAAAUGGCCACACAAGCAGGAAUGCACUUUUAUGACGAAAAUGAUCUCAGACGAUUGGGAUAUGAUAAAACACCCGACAUUAAAAUGCUACUACCGUUUCUCUAUAAAGGAGAAAUAAUAAAUUGGAUUGAGAGUAAGGCAAAUUUUGGUUGCAUAAAAACCCACAAAACUUAUAUACAACAACAAUUGAGUAGUUAUUGUAACAGAUUUGGUCCCGGCAUUGUGAUCUAUUGGUUUGGUUACCACGAAGAUACAGCCACAUUAACACAAAAUGCUUUAGGUAUUACAGUCCUUGAUGAUUUUCCUGCCAAAGAAGAUAUUCAAUUGUUAGAUUUAAGCGAAGCCUGUGAAUCUUAUGAUACAUCAACUGAAAGCAUACAGAUCACAUGAUAUUUAAAAAAUUACGCCUUGGAAACGAGUUGCCUAUGUCAAAGAAUACCACUUCAUUUAGUUAGAAUACUCAUUUGACUUGUUUGUAGUUUUAUAAUUAACAUACAAACGAAACAUUUGUUACUUACAUAAAGUUAAAAAACGAUUCUCAUUCUAAAAUUAAAAACAAAUUGUUAGGCAUACAGAAAUGUAUCACGAAAGGAAAAUAUAUGUGUAUAUUAAAAAAAUCUUUUUUUAUUUUAUUUUUUAAGAUCAAUAAUAAAGUCGACUACUUUUUUAUGUAAA